CCAGCCCUGGAUGACUUCCUUCAGGGGGAAAGACAGGACCCUACAUCUGCAGCAAAAGGAAACAAACCUAGAUAGAUGCUCCCUGCCCAGCGCGGCCAGUGCCAUGAAAAGUGUGUGGGACGGCACAUUCCCCAACCCAGGUGGAUGCAGCAAGGAUGAAGAAUGGAAAGAAGGCUUCCUGGAGGAGGAAGUGCCUAAGGUCCGGUGCCGUCCAGCCCCACUUGACAAGAAAAAUCCUUCCUCCUGGCCGAUGAAGUUAGGACCUGACGCUGGCGGGCGGCGGGGACUAUGCGGUCAGCCCUCGAGACACCCAGCUCCGGGAAGCACUCCCACAGGGUGGUGGGAACCCAGCGGCAAACAAAAUAGCACGGUAAGGCCGAUCAAACAAGCGCAGCAGUCACCCCUCUUCCCUGGAACUGGCCUCUAGCUCUUGCGCGAGAUACUCUCCCCAAAGGGCAGAAGCCGGAGAGGAAAUUAUUACCGAACGAGGGGAUGCAUUAUUGGCUACUAAAAACCUCAAGCAGUCGCCUCGGGGCGCGCCCUCGAGCCCGCCCCCCACCAUCUUUGUCCAGUGCCUCUUUCCCCUUCCUCGGCAAACCGGAAGAAGAAAAAGAAACGCGAGAUAAGGUGGAGAGGCGUGGUCCGCCCUGACCAAUGGAAAGUGAGGGCGUGGCUUUAAGCCUUUCUUUCAUUGGCCCAGGGCCUCCAGGGCGUCCGGGUCUCGAGCACCGAGGCGGAAGGCUCGCGGGUUCCGGAAGGCACUUUCAGCUUUGUGUCCCGCUGUUUCGGCUGCCGCCGUCAUGGUGCGGAAGCUUAAGUUCCACGAGCAGAAGCUGCUGAAGCAAGUGGACUUCCUCAAUUGGGAGGUCACUGACCACAACUUGCACGAGCUGCGCGUGCUGCGGCGAUAUCGGCUGCAGCGGCGGGAGGACUACACGCGCUACAAUCAGCUGAGCCGUGCCGUGCGCGAGCUGGCGCGGCGCUUGCGCGACCUGCCCGAGCGCGACCCGUUCCGCGUGCGCGCGACGGCCGCGCUGCUGGACAAGCUGUAUGCUCUCGGCCUGGUGCCAACUCGUGGCUCGCUCGAACUCUGCGACUUCGUCACGGCCUCGUCUUUCUGCCGGCGCCGCCUGCCAACCGUGCUCCUCAAGCUGCGCAUGGCACAGCACCUCCAGGCUGCCGUGGCCUUCGUGGAACAGGGCCACGUGCGGGUGGGUCCCGACGUGGUAACUGACCCCGCCUUUCUCGUCACGCGCAGCAUGGAGGACUUUGUCACCUGGGUUGACUCGUCCAAGAUCAAGCGGCACGUGCUGGAGUACAAUGAGGAGCGCGAUGACUUCGAUCUGGAAGCCUAGCUGGUAUCCCUCCAAGACAGCUUUUACGGAUGGGAAAACAGGCCUGAUGCUGAAGAUUCUGAUGCUCUUCUCAAGAGUGUGUCUGUAGGUCGUGGGUUCUUGAGAACUUGGCUUCUAAACUGCAGGCCACACAUAGAGCCUGGGGGUGGGGGGAUUGCGUCUCUGUUUUCCAGGAAAUUGUCUUAAAACCUGGACUACUGAAAAUUAAAAAGACUGUCCGUUAGGGAGACAGUGGGUAGCAGUUUUGUGCUGCACUAGGGAAUUGUUAGGUUCUUGUGCCCAAAACAUUGUAGUGUAAAAGCAAGAACUUUGCCUUCCCGCCCCCACUUCCCCCCACCACCAUUCUCUUUAUCAUCUUGUAGCAAGACUGGUUCAAUUUAUUUAACUCGAAUUUUUGUUCCUGGUCGUGAUUUAGCUUUGUACAGAUGUAGGAGAGUUCCGGCUCAAGUUUUCAUUAGUGCGUGAGACUUCAGUAUUCACGGCCCCCUCCCUCGUUUAAAGAAAUGCAUUUCUAAUGCCAAUAAAUGGUACAGCUACACUAUGAAUGCAA